AUGGAACGAUGGCAGUUAAUUUCUCUGUGCGUGCUUGCAUUAUGGAUUGUGAUUUCGUCAAUUUUUAACAUCACCCAAAAGAUCAGAUCUUUUGCACAGCCAUGGGUGACCAACCGUGUGCUCUCCGACACACCCACUAUCAUCAAGAUCCAGAAAUAUCAGCACAGGCAUCUGGAUUCCUUGUUUUCUGGGUUGUCAUGUGUUGUUUCUGUGCCUUUCUACACUGCCUUUCUUCCAUUGCUUUUCUGGACAGGGCACUGCAAAUUGGCUAGGCAAAUGACACUCUUGAUGGCCUUUUGUGAUUAUAUUGGGAACUCUGUAAAGGACGGGGUGUCGGCACCCAGGCCGAAGUGUCCACCUGUUAGGAGAAUAACAGCCACUAAAGAUGAGGAAGAUAAUGCAAUGGAAUAUGGAUUGCCGUCUUCGCACACUCUUAAUACUGUUUGCUUGUCAGGAUACCUGUUACAUUAUGUUCUGGCCUACAGUGAAAGUGAUGAUGUCUCGAUAAAACUGUUGGGCUUUGUGGUAGCUUGUUUGUUUGUUGCUCUCAUUGGAUUGGGACGGGUUUAUCUCGGAAUGCAUAGCCCGAUUGAUAUAAUUGCUGGUCUGGGUCUAGGACUGGGGAUUCUUGCAACCUGGCUCUCCAUAUCUGAAUAUAUAGAUAAGUUUGUUGUUUCAGGUCAAAAUGUUAUAUCAUUCUGGUCCACCCUUAGCAUCUUGUUACUAUUUGCUUACCCAACGCCUGAAUUUCCGACUCCAAGUUUUGAAUUUCACACAGCCUUCAAUGGUGUUGCCUUGGGAAUUGUGACUGGUAUCCACCAGACGUUCCACCAAUUUCACCAUGAAAAUGUUGCUCGCGUAUUGUCCCCUCAGCUUACGUUUCCUGCAUUCGUCGGAAGAUUACUAUUGGGAAUCCCGACAAUUCUUUUUGUUAAGUUUUGUAGUAAGGCCCUCGCCAAAUGGAUUCUCCCGAUUCUCGCAUAUACUUUUGGAAUUCCAAUAAGAUCAACAGCUUAUGUACCGAACUUAAUGGUGGCUGAUAAGAGAUCAGAUAAAAUAAAGCAAUCAGGCUAUCUCCAAAAAUUAUUCUUUUUCUCCAAGCAGACCUCAUUUGAUGUUGAUACUGGCAUAAGGCUCCUUCAGUACACUGGUCUGGCCUGGUCCGUUGUUGACCUGGUUCCUUCUAUGUUCACUCGCCUAAGCUUGUAA